UGUUAGAGUUUUGCUCAUACUUUCGGUUGAUGAAAGCGUAAACAAAUGCGGGAAGUGUUUCUUCUUCAAGCAUUUAAUGCUUGAAACAUAAAAGUGCCUUUGAAGUUAAAUAGCAAGUUAAUGUUGCAGUGCAUAGUAAAUAAAGAAGCAAAAAUAUUUGCUAGUAAAUUGCUCUGUCUAAAGGCCAUUGCGUAAAGUAAAUUUGGUGUAUUAAAAAUGGCUCUAAUUUUUGAAGUGAAUAAAGACGACACCAAAAUGGUCUCCAAAGUAAUUAGUUUUGAUGAGGUUGUUAAAACAUCAAUUGAAACAUUUCGUAACACAUUCGGCUCGGAGCCCGAUAUUGCCGCCUGUGCACCGGGCCGUGUCAACCUAAUCGGAGAACACGUGGACUACAACGAUGGGUUCGUCCUGCCGAUGGCACUGCCCAUGGUAACUGUUAUUGUAGGAAAAAAGAACUACACCCCAUCCACCUGUGAUGUUGUGACCUGUUUCGAAGGUGCCCAAGAGGAGAAGCGAACACAAUUUGACAGCAGUAACAUUGCACGAGGGGUUCCCAAAUGGCUCAAUUACGUCAAGGGUGUGAUGUUUCACUUCGGCCAGGCCAUCCCGGGCUUCAAUGCGGUCAUAAACUCGAACGUUCCGGUCGGCGGCGGCCUAUCGAGCAGUGCCGCUCUGGAGGUAGCGACCGCAACAUUUUUGGAACAGCUAACGGCGCGGAAAAUUGAGAAGCCAAGCGAAAAGGCUCUCGUCUGCCAGAAAGCGGAGCAUACCUUUGCCAACAUGCCGUGCGGAAUCAUGGACCAGCUUAUCUCGGUUUGCGGCCAGAAGGAUCGGGCUAUACUGAUUGACUGCCGGAACCUAACGAUCGAACAAAUCCCAUUCGAAACUACCGGACUGGCAGUGCUAAUCUGCAACUCAAGCGUCAAACAUGAACUGGCCUCCAGCGAGUACCCGGCUCGGCGUAAACAGUGUCAGCAGGCGUUACAGUUGAUGGGCCUGAAGAGCUACCGGGAUGCCACCGAGAAACACCUCACCGCCUUGAAAGGAGCCGACGAGGUGCUGACACGACGAGCCCGCCAUGUCAUCACCGAGAUUAAGCGUACGGUUGCCGCUGCCGAGGCCCUGAAGGAGAAUGAUUUUGAACAGAUGGGAAAAUUAAUGACCGAGUCGCAUAAAUCGUUGCGCGAUGACUUCAACGUGUCGUGCCACGAAGUCGACAUCCUGGUGGAGGCGGCGCUGGCAGCACCGGGGGUUCUGGGCUCGCGAAUGACCGGCGGUGGAUUCGGUGGCUGCACGGUGACCCUGCUGCGGAAGGAAAACGUGGAGUCGGCCGUCAAGGAAAUUGAUACGAUUUAUUCGCGCAAAGUGGGCGGCAAAUACCGGGCCCGGUUCUACCUGGUCGAACCGUCCGACGGUGCCAGAUUGAUUAAUUUGGGCCAUUACUGGAAGCAGUAGCCGGCUAGGUGGCCGAUUCUAGACGCUCGAAACGUGCUACAGGACGUGGACGUGGACGUGGAGGGGCAUCGUCGGCGGCUUGAUUAGGUACAAAUCAAACAGAAUUGGUGAGGCGAAUGUCGAAAGUGAAUAGGGUCGUACUGGACUGUUGGUUUUAUGAGCCCUCUAAUGUUGGCAAUUAAUCAUGUUUGUCGAUGUUUGACGAAUUGAGGCGAGAGGUUGUAUCCGUAAAUCAAGUUGCUUUUAAAUGUACAUUUUAAGAGGAUAAUAAAAUUUUCUAUUCAGUAGGUUAUAGAUAUUUUGCUUUUUAUUC